CUAUUAUCAAUUUCAAAUUAGCAAUAUCCCGCUCUUUAACAAAUGUCAAAAAUUUUGAAAUUCAUUAAAAAAUGAAAAUUCUGAAAUCUCAACCCAUAAACCUGCUGGAGUUCUUCAUUCGAAAUUCGCCACUUUCUCUCUCUACCAGUCCUCCUUUUUCUUUUUCUUUCUUACUCAUGAUUCAGAUAACCAUAAUAUAGAAGUAUAUUUUUUUCCAGAGAAAUUCAUCUAGGUAUGUCUCUGUUCUUCAGAAUUUCAUUCGUUUCAGUUUAUUUCAUUUUAACUUAUUUUUUGUUGUUAUUUUAGUUUAUUUCCAUGAGUUUAGUUGAAUUUAUGGCCUUUUUUCUGGGUUUUCUAUUUUCUUUGAAACGUCAUUUGGUAUAUACUUAAACGGUAUAUAUUCUGUACAUUUUAAUUUUAUUUAUUAUUUAUUUUUUUAUUUUUUUGAUUCGGGUUAGGCUUGAGAAUUAGUCGAAGUGGUGAGAAUCAAGGCUCAACCACCGGCUAAUCCAUGAUUCUUCUCUUUUAAUUUUACCAAUUGAUGAUAUUCUAAUCAAAUGUAAUCAUCUGAAUUAAAAUAAUUAGUUAAUGCUAUAAUUAAGGUUGUUUCUUCUGGAUUUUCUUUAAAUUUUGUAAAAACUUGAUUUUCUGAUGCAAAAUAGUAUGUGGGUAUGAAUUAUCUUAGGAUACUAAUAAACAUUUAUAAUUUGCGUCUUCUUAUUUCAUAAAAAUAGUUUAUGAAAGUGUAAAUGAAAUGUUCAAUGAUGGCUUAGCGAAGUGUAAAUGAAGUAGGGGCUUAAAAUGCCAAUACCAUCGAGAGAUAGGUUACCAAGACCCGUGGAUAUAUCUAGUCUUUACAAAGGAGCUGCACGAAGAGUUGAUCUCAUUGUGGAUAUUCCUGGACUUCGCUGGGCCGGGUUAUCUGGACAUGGGCCCCGCAGAACAGCUGGAGUUCGAGGAGGACGACAGCAAGGAUGGAUUCAUCAGAGGCCAUUGGUGACUGGUCAGGGAAACAGAGCACCUAGGAGUGGUGGUGGACGAGGUAGGGGAAGCGGUACAUUGCCUUAUUGGUAUCCAAGAGCUCCUCUAAGGGAUGUUACUGCUAUUGCCAUUGAAAGCAGGAGAGCUGAACUAAAUCAGACCACAGAAGAAGCUUCACUACCUCAAGAGAACACCAAUGCAGAAGCAAUGGUAGCUUCCACUUCUGAACUCGACCAACAGGUUGGUUCUUCAACUCCUCUACCUGUUUCUGUGAAGUCUGAACCUUUCACUGCCACUCAUCUAUGGAAGACACCGCGAAUUCGUGAUAACAAGGACAAGCCACUCAAUUUCCUUACUCCUCAGAAGAGGCUUCUCGAUUCAAUAGAAAAGGUAAGGGAAAUUUGGUUGGAAGAUCAGAAGAAACUUGCUAGGACACCUGCUGCCAAGAAGGCUGAAAGAGAGAAGAAAGUGCGUACUUUGAUGUCCAUGAGAUGAUUCAUAGAGACCAAUGUUACAUAAUUCGCCUUUUGAAUUCGCGAUUCGCUCAAAAUGACCCUAAAAUAAACGACUAUAUUUCGCUUAUUUUGAUUCACGGUUCACCAAGAGAUUAGUGAAUCAUGUGACAGUGAUAUAAACACAUCCUCCCCCGUCUUCUUGAUGAUGCAAACAAACUAGAAUUGCAUAAGUAUUAAGAAGAUGCAAGGAAACGUGUGAAUAAGAAUGGAAGAAAGUAAUUAGGACGUUAGCUAAAGUAGAAGGAACAGACUAAAAUAGAAAAGUUGACAAACUCAUCCAGAAGAAGGUAGGAACGAGAUUGCAUACAGUUUGAGUUGAGUAAAGGGAUGAAUUGAAAAGAGGAGAUUGGCCUAAUGGAUCUUGGAGAUCAUCUUCUGAUGAUCAUGUAUCCUACCAAUAUAGUAUCAUCUUCUGAUGAUUAUAUACAUAUGCUAAUAUUUUUUUUUGUCCUUUUGAGUUUGCUACUGAAAAUAAUAUUUCUUUUCACAUGUUAUUUUCAAUCGCAAACUCAGAGGGAUGAGCAAUUUUAUGUUUUGUACAAUGUAGUUAUAGAUGCAACACAUUUUAGUGUGAUCUUCAAUCUUGUUGAAGAUUACCGAAAAAGUAUCACGAUUUUGUAAAUAUUAGUAUUAGUUGUUAGGCUGUAUUUUUAUAG